AUGAGGAUAUACAUUGCACCAAACUUGAAAGACGUCUACGUUGAACAUGAUGGCCAGAGGGAUAACAAAGGUUUGGUCGUAUGGGCCAAGAGCAACAGCACAGCUACCACCACCACCACCACCACCACCACCACCAACACCACCACCAACACCACCACCACCACCACACCCGGGCACAUCUCAGUCAUCGGACCGUUCCAACUCGAUCUCAACCUCUGGUCACAAGUAUGUGAAGAUGACUACCUUUAUUCAGAUUGUAUCCAAUGUCUCGAAUCCAACGUGAUCUGCGCAAGACCUAUAUCACCUGAUCUCUCUCGGAAACAAUACGUCGAAAUCGCUUCUAUACUUGAUAUUGACGUGGAGAUCGACUCGGACUUGGAACCUAGAAGAGUUUUCAAUUUAUCGACUUGUAGACGAUGUCAAGAUUUCGGGUAUGGUUGUGUUCCUGCUAGGCUGGACCAGUCGGGGUCGGGAUCGGGAUCGGCCGAGAGUACAGAGGACGUCGGGAGUAGGCAAGGGCAAGACGAGAAUAGAGGUAGAGGGGAUCAAGAAGAGGAAAAAGGUUUUUGGAUAGAGGCAACAAGACAAGAAGGUAUCAUACAAAUUCUAAAAGGACCAAAAUUAGAUUCAUCAGGAAACGUAAACUUGUCAAUGUCUUGUACAGGUCAAGAAGGAAGGGAAAGGGAAAUAAGAACGUUUGGGAGCUCAACAUUACCACAACAGCUGCAAGGGUUCGGGGGUGAGGGUUUGGAUAAACAUCAACAGGGUAGGAAUCGUUCACAAGAUGAUUCAUCGUUGGGACAUGGACAAGAAGAGAUGGAUCUGGAUCCGGAUUCGGAUUCGGAUUCGGAUUCGGGUAUGAUAGAAUCUCAAACUAUCCCGUGA